AUGUUCAAAGUUAUAGCUCUUCUGAGUGUACUAAUAGCUGUCUGUCUAACUGCGGAUGACGUGGAGCGACCCAUUGUCACAACCACCGUUGGGCAGGUUCAGGGCGUUACGGCAAGUUGUGGUUUGUUCUGUAGUUACUUCCAGUUCAAUGGUAUUCCGUUCGCGGAACCACCGGUAGGCGAUUUACGUUUUCGCAAUCCAGUUCCCCACGGUGGUUGGGACGGCGUUCGCGAUACUUCUGAACACGGUUCAAACUGUCCUUCCAUCAGUGUACUAAGUAACUAUACGGGCAAUGAAGAUUGUCUAUUUAUCAAUGUACAUACGCAGAAUCUGAUAGGAUUGCGCCCGGUUAUGGUUUGGAUUCAUGGAGGUGCUUUUGUGCUUGGUUCGGGUGAUUCCGAUAUGCACGGCCCAGAUCAUCUAAUAACGGAGGAUGUUGUAGUCGUUACAUUCAACUAUCGCAUUGGGAUUCUAGGGUUUUUUAGCACAGGAGACAGUCAUGCUCAAGGUAAUUGGGGCAUGAAAGAUUGCGUCGAAGCCUUGCGUUGGGUUCGAAACAAUAUUGCUGCUUUCGGUGGUGAUCCCGACAAUGUGACAAUAUUCGGAGAAAGCGCUGGUGGAGUAGCUGUACAUUAUCUGGUUCUAUCUCCAAUGGCUACAGGAUUGUUCCAUAAGGCAAUAGCACAAUCUGGAACGGCGUUAGUUCCAUGGGGAUUUCAAUACAACCCACGAGAGAUGGCUGUGAACAUUGCAGAUGCUUUUGGUUAUCCUCAUGAAUCCGAAGAACUGACACGGCGUUUACGUUAUACUCCUAUAGGAGAUUUCAUAGCUCUUCAAAGAACUAUCCGAGAUAUUCCACAUCCAAGGGGCUUCAAACCGUUUGAAUAUGUUCCGAGUGCGGAACCCGUAAACUCCCCGGAAGCCACAUUUUUCACUCAGCGUCCAAUCGAAGUGCUACACUCUGGAAAUUUCAAUCAUGUUCCAUUUAUAAUUGGUUAUACAGAUGCAGAGAGCUUGUUCAUGGUUCGCGAACAUAACUUGGAUUCAACUGUUUGGGAUGAAUACACUCAAAAUCCACAGUUCUUUGUUCCACAUUUUUGGAACAUUCAAGCUGGCUCAGCAGAUGCUCUCUCGGUUAGUCAGGUUUUCCGUGAUUUCUAUUGGCAAGACCAAUCACUUGGUCCAGAUAUAAUGCACGAAUGGACCAAAUUUCAUACGGAUCAGCAGUUUAUAUACGCAAUUGACAAAACCAUUCAAUUAACUGCAGCGGCUAACUCGCAACCAACUUAUUAUUACCAGUUCAGCUUUGAUGGUGCCUUGAAUCUUAUGAAACGCAGAUUCCUUCUAACGGACUUCCCGGGAGCAAUGCAUGCUGAUGAGUUGUUCUACAUAUGGUCGACAACCCGUCUUUCCAUUUCCCCGAUUCCUCCCAGUAACCAUGCUCAUACAGUUCGCCAGCGUAUGGUUCGAAUGUGGACAAACUUUGCUACGCAAGGUACCCCAACACCGACGGCGGAUGCUGAUUUGCAAAACAUACAUUGGUCGCCAAUAAAUGGGAAUGAUAUGGCUUUCUUGGAUAUUGGUCAUGAUUUAGUAACCGGAAACCAUCCAAAUCAAGCACGUAUGGAAGUUUGGCAGGAUUUGGAAGAACGCUACGCAAAUGAUCCGUUCUACUAUCCAUAUUCGUAGAUUCGUGAACAUUUUUUAUUGAUUUUAAUAUUUUGACAACCAAAUUCAUAAGCACAUGGGUACGUGAAAAAUAAAGCCUCAUUUCUGUUCUAUCGGCGAAUUGUCAAUAAACACU